CUCUGGUCCCUGCAGACGUCAACGGUGGACCAGCCGGAUGAGAAGUCCAUCAUCACCUACGUGGCCACCUUCUACCACUACUUCUCCAAGAUGAAGGCGCUGGCGGUGGAGGGGAAGCGCAUCGGGAAGGUGCUGGACGCGGCGCGGGAGGCGGAGGAGCUGGUGGGGAAGUACGAGGAGCUGGCGGGCGAGCUGCUGGGCUGGAUCGAACAGACCAUCCUCACCCUCAACGACCGGCAGUUGGCCAACGCGCUGCCCGGCGUCCAGAACCAGCUCCAGGCCUUCAACACCUACCGCACCGUCGAGAAGCCCCCCAAGUUCAUGGAGAAGGGCAACCUGGAGGUGCUGCUCUUCACCGUCCAGAGCCGGAUGAGGGCCAACAACCAGAAGGUCUACGUGCCGCGGGAGGGGAAACUCAUCUCCGACAUCAACAAGGCCUGGGAACGGCUGGAAAAAGCGGAGCACGAGCGGGAGCUGGCGUUGCGCACCGAGCUCAUCCGGCAGGAGAAGCUGGAGCAGCUGGCGGCGCGAUUCGAUCGCAAGGCGGCCAUGCGGGAGACCUGGCUGAGCGAGAACCAGCGCCUCGUCUCUCAGGACAACUUCGGGACGGACAUGUCGGCGGUGGAGGCGGCGGUGCGGAAACACGAGGCCAUCGAGACGGACAUCGUGGCUUACAGCGAGCGGGUGCAGGCGGUGAGCGCGGUGGCGGCCGAGCUGGAGGCCGAGCGUUACCACGACAUCCGCCGCGUCCUGACUCGUCGCGACAACGUGGUUCGGCUCUGGGAUUUCCUCCGGCAGCUGGUGGCCGCCCGCCGCGAGCGGCUGCUGCUGCACCUGGAGCUGCAGAAGAUGCUGCAGGACCUGGCGCAUCUCAUGGACUGGAUGGAGGAGAUGAAGGGUACCGGCGUGGCGGCAGGCGCGGGGAGCCGGGGGGGGGACGACGCGGCGGCCAGACCCUGAC